GAGUGGCCUCUUACUCUUUCUAUGCCUCUCACCUUUUUGCAUGUGCAGCUGAAACGCAUUCUUCUACUGCACGCCACAUAUGAGCGUUGAUGGGUUGUUUGACACUGAGGACAACUCUGCAGAGGCAAACAUCACCCCAAAGAAUCCUCUAAAACUUGGAGAAAGAAAGAAACUCAGCUGUUCCAUUGAUCGGCUUACAAUGAAGCUGCUGUUUGCCCUCCUCAUUUCCACUGCCUGGACUUUCACUGGUGCCCAGUAUUACUACCAGGGGCUGAUGGAUUAUCUGGAGAACAGAUUGUUGGCUAUUGAGGACCGCAUGCAGCUGUGGCAUGAGCAAUCCCAUCGGUACCACACAGAGAUGAAGGAUUUCAAAAAGCUGACUGCCGAAGCCAUGGAUGGACUAAAGAAUCACCACAGCAUGCUCUUCAAAGACUUGGAAGGAGCAGCUGCUCGAGUGGACCGCGUGGAACAAGAGAUGGAUUACGUGGAAACCCAGAUGUCCCCUCGGGCCUGCACGAACAGGGCAGAUAAGGUAGUGGAGCAGGAGGCCUGGGAGCUGAAGGAAAGCAGAGGUGAGGAAGAGGAAGAAGAAGAGUGGGAGGAGCUGCAGUCUACAGUCUCUGACUGUGUGGAAAUAAUUUCUGGCAUCCGAUCAGUGAAAAUCAUGAAGCGAGUGGGCAGUCCCAAGGGCAUGUGGACCAGAGACCCGAGAUCCUCCAAGGUUUACAUUUUUAAUGGCACAUCAGGAGACACCAUCUACCAAUUCAAAUCUGUACUUGACUUUUCACGCUCCCUGGGAGUCACAGGCAGCAGAAGCAUCAGGCUUCCCUCUGAAUGGACCGGCCCUGGUAGCGCUGUUUACAAUGGCUAUUUGUAUUACAUAAAGCAGGAGGCUGAAGCAGAUAUGCAGGUGGUUAAAUAUGACCUUCUGAGUGGCUCAGUGACAGAAACUGCCAUGUUCCCUGUGGAGGGUCGUGCCACUGUGUACAACCUCAAUCCAGAGACUGUUGCAGACCUUGCAGCAGAUGAUGGGGGUCUCUGGCUCUUGUAUGCCCCCAGUGACAGUGAACCAACCAUCAGCCUAGCAAAGAUGGACGCUGCCACUCUUGAUAUAGAGCAAAUCUGGGACACUCGAUGCCCGCGGGAAAAUGCAGAGGCGGCUUUUGUAGCGUGCGGGACUGUCUAUGUCGUUUACAACACCCGUCUGGCCAGUCGCUCGCGGGUUCAGUGUGUCUUUGACGUCAACGACAUGGUGCUCAGUGAAGAGGCUCCACUCAUCUACUUCCCCAGGAGGUACGGGGCCCACGCUAGUCUGAAAUACAACCCUGAGGAGAAGCAGCUUUACGGCUGGGAUGACGGCUACCAAAUUAUUUAUAGACUGACCAUGAAGAGGAAACUCCUGGCUUGACAGCAGAGAAGUGGUGUCAUAUUUUCAAAGACAUAUAAAAAAAUAGGAACAGGGAAUUUAUAUAGCCUAUCCACCUUUUCCCUAUUCAUGUGAUACUUUGUUUCUGCAAUAGUUAAACCACAUAACAUCCCUUUCUUCUCAGAACUUUAAGGGUUUUUUUUUAAUUAUAGCCUUUUUACACUUUGACUAGAAAGCUAAGAUUUUCAUAAAUUUAGAUUUUUCUCAUUUCUAAAGUGUGUUUUUAUAUAAAUAUGAAUGUUUUCACAGAAAAUAAAUGAUAAGAUGACAUGCUAAUUACUGGCCUUUGGCUGUGGUUUCACAUUUUAACUGAAAGGACCAAGAGAACCUAUUCCUCUUAUAAGUGUGGUGUCUGGUCUUAGUAUCAAGUCAACAACUUAGAAUUUCUCACUGUCUUCGAGAUGCGUUGGAAAUGACUGCGUGAACUUCUGCAAAAACAAAACAAAAGGAGAUCCAGUGUAACCUCUACCAGGCAAAGCUGACACAUUUUAAGGAAUCCACACAACUGACAUUUUUAAUAGUGUUCAUCAUAUUUCUGUGUGCAUAAAAUCUAAGCUGAGACAUGUAAUACCUUCAGUGUGUCCUGGGUGUAUUCUGGGGGCUCAUGCCUGGAACAGCUUAUUAGGAGUUGCCCAGGAGGCAUCCCACCCAGUCAGAUACCAAAACCGCCUCAGCUUCACAGCGAUGAUUCAUAUCAUGAAGAAUAUCAUCUACCGCUGCCAUUUCCAGUUUAAUAAAACACACAGAUUCAGCAAGCGCAGGCUUCACAAUCUUUGUCAGGGUAAUGAGAAACUAGUUCAUCAGUUGUUUUGCUAAUACACACCUUAAUCUUCAUCGAUAUAGUUAAUCCCCAAUUUAUGUCAUACAGUGCUGAAGACUUUUAAUUCAACUUGGAUUUCUUUAAAUUCUUCUAUUGUCAUGCCUGUUUUUUCUGAGCUCAAUGCUUUACUUUUGAUUUUUUGAUUUUAAUAUUUUAAUCAAAUUGGCUAUUAACACAUAGUUUUAUGUGCAGUGAGGUAAUACUGUUAAUUGAUUGUAAAAAAAAUCCUCUGUCACUGGUCAGUUGGCCAAUUUGUGGUAAAUAUGAUGAUCACUGUAUUAAUUUAUUACUCGUCCUCACCAGAAAAAUGAAGAUGUCCAGCAAGAUGCAGGAGACUGUCAACAUACAUAAAAGAAUAAUAGAUGCGCAGCAUAAACCAGUGAGACUCUAAUCUUGUCAUUUUGCAUUAAACAGUAGAACAUUGAGGGAUUUUUUUAAUUUGUUUUUUUGGUGUAGGGGGAGUCGUGUUGUCUGUGCGCCUU